UGUAAUAAAAAAGAAAAAAAAUGUCAACAAAAUCAAAAUAAACAAAUAUAGUUUUUAUCACUUUAAGUUGGUAUAAUUAUGUAUUUUUGGUGAUAUAUAUUUUUUUAAUACCCUAACACUCAACAAUGGAGGAAAAACAACUUUAUGGAGCUUUAACAGUGUAUCGAGAAAGGGGCGCUUAUUUAAGACGACUUGAACAGUUCGAAAAAGCUAAGGCCGCCUACGAUGAAGCCUACAAUAAUGUCUCUGACGACGUCCGUCUGCUUAUUGGUCGCAGUCAGGUAUGUGCUGAUGCGGUGCAACCUGCUCAAGCGUAUUCAGACGCGGAACUGGCGCUCAAACUGGAGCCUCACAACAUGAACGCCCGCAACAUGCAAGCUCGAGCGAUGUACACUAUGUCAGACUUUGAAAGGUCAGUCGUGAUGAAUUAUAGAGGUGCCAGGCAUCGAAGACAGCCACCCUAUUUUAUAGAAGGGAUCAAUCAGGGCCUCGAAACUAUUCAAGACUGUAUUGGAGUUAACGCGGGGACUGUGAUGUUGGAUUUUUUACCUCUAAUUAAGCAAAUGGAGGCAAGGGCAGGUAGCUUUGAUGAUGACGAACCCCGGAAGCAGUUACAUGUUUCUCGGAUACCAAAGCCAGAACGAAAGAAAAAACUUACUCAAAUGGAAGCGCGAAAACAUUUAACCCUAGCUCGGGUCCUAGCUAUGAAAUACUUAGGACCGAUGGCAUAUGACAAAUUUUUUCUUCAAGGUCUUACCGAAGAUGAACGUUUAAAGUCUGCGAAUUCAGCUGGAAGUAUAGCGUUAAAAACAAUCGUUAAUGAAGCGUUAAGGUCUCUUAGUAAGAGACAAGAUAUGUUACGAUCACAGCGUCCUUAUUAUACCAUAAAACUAGCUGAAAAGGCUGAAUCGAAACAUCAAGAUAAAUAUAAGGAGGCCGUGUUAAUAAAAGAACGAGAAAUAGGUGCUCGAACAUCUGAAAGACUAUUGAAACAAAUUGAGAAGAGCCUGCGUGAGAACCGUAUUAUGGAUUUGAUUGCACAGGCAGAGCGUAUGCAAAUGUUCUUAGAUGUUAAAACUCCACGUACGUUACCCGAUAAAGAGACAUAUACUGAUCGCUUGUACCGUGCUGUAGGAGAAGGUUAUUUAGCCCAACAUCGCCUGUCGUAUACCCUGAGCGAACGAGGAAACCGGCGUCGUAUCGCUUUUCUUAUGGGUUUACCGGUUGGACGUCCAAAGUCAUUUGAUUCAGUUAUGGCAAACUAUCCUUACAAGUUUAUUGAUAUAAAACAAGCUACUGCGAAAGUCAAAGCUACUCUGGAAAUGUGUGAAAACUCAACUAUGAAAUGUUGGUUAAUGUACGAAUUAGCACGAUUACUAUGUACUCAAAAGAACUAUGCUCUAGCAAAGUUCUAUGCGAAACGGUGCCAACGGGAGGCUCAAGAAAUAAGCAAUGUCACUUGGUGGCUGAAUGGCUGUUUUGUACUAAUGAGCGGGGAUAUGCAGCAAGGUAAUUCGAAUGAAGUGCGAAUCCAAGUAGUGGAAGCAUAUGAGUUUUCGAAGAAGAUGCAAGAUCCCGAACGCGUUCAAGCCUUUUUAGCAAAAUGCGCAGAAAUGGCAGCAGAAACUGUCACCGCGGACGAAAGAAAAGCAAUAAUACAGCGUGAGAGACAAAUUGUAAGUGUAAUGGACGAAGGGCAAGCUGUCGAAACGCAAGUGUUAUUCAAAAGAAUGUCUACUGUGCCUCCUGGCAGACGCUUUGCGGUUUUGCCGCGUAAACCUGAAGCUGUUGCCACACAAGCUGAACGUAAGCGACGACGACAGAGGGGACUAUCUGUUAUACCAGGCCCUGAACGGACUUUACCCCCUUCCCCAAAAUCUGAUACACUAGGUUUCCAGAUAUUCGAUUUAUAGUUCUCAUUCGUUUUCAGCAUUUAUUUGUUACCACAUAUACCUAUUUUGAAAUAAAAAAACCUUUUAUUUCGUUAAAAUUUUUUA